CCUGCUUCGAAAAUCUCUAAAUACUCCAAAAUCGCCGAUUUCAUAUCAAGAAACGUCAAUAUCACUGAUCAAAUGGCAUCCCUCUUCGAUACGACUCGCAACUUCUCCCUCUAUACAAUCCCCGCCGCAUGGGUAAUCGCCUUCGUACCGCACUUCUAUGCAGCCACGCAAUCCAAACUCUUCGACAACCGCUCUUCACGAACCUACGCCCAGACACUAGAAAAAGACCAAACGAUCUCUAAAGACACCAAAUCCCGCAUCCUGCGCGCCGAAGCCGUACAAACGAAUGGAUUCGAAAACCUCGCUCUAUUCGCCACCGCUGUUCUAGCUGGACACCUUGCCGGUCUACCUGCUGCGAAGCUGAAUACGCUGAGUGUAGGGUAUUUGAUUAGUAGAGUAGUGUAUAAUUUUGUUUAUAUCAAUAAUACGAGUGAGGGGAUGGCGAAUUUGAGGAGUGUGGUCUUCUUGGCGGGCGUGGGGCAGGUGAUGGCGUUGUUUAUUAUGAGUGGGAAUAUGCUUAGGGAGAGGGCUGCGAAUUUGUUGUGA